UCCUGCCGCGGUAGAUGUCCCUGAACCCGCGCCUCAGCCGCAGCCUGCAUGCCCACCCUGGGUGGAGCGGUCGUCUUUGUCGAGCCGGGACCUGCUCUCCUUUCUCGUUCAAGCAGAAGAGGAGCUAGCGAGGAAAUAAAAACAAGCUCGAGUUAAUGUUUGAGAAGUUCGGGUGCAGGAGAGUCUGGAUUUUUGGCUUCUUGGAGAAACAGUAGAAAAUGCAAAACGAAAUAAUAAAGCCUGCUAAAUACUUCUCAGAAGUGGAGAAGAGUGUGCUGCUUGCAUUAGUUGAAAAAUACAAAUACGUGCUUGAAUGUAAAAAAAGUGAUGCAAGAACUAUUGCUCUGAAACAACGCACCUGGCAAGCACUAGCUCAUGAAUAUAAUUCACAGCCCAGUGUAUCACUGCGAGACUUCAAACAGUUAAAGAAAUGCUGGGAAAAUAUCAAGGCACGGACAAAAAAGAUAAUGGCACAUGAAAGGCGGGAGAAGAGCCCACCAGAAGAAGAUUCUGAAUAUCAGCCUGAUGCUUCUAGUCAAGAGUCAUUUGUUGUCUCAAAUAGAGAACUCUGUGACGAAGAGAAAGAGCUGGUACAUUUCCCAGUAUGUGAAGGUACCUCCCAACCGGAGCCUUCAUGUUCUGAUGUCAGAAUAGCAGCAGAUAAGAACUACAGAAGUAAAUCAUCUCAGGAAAGUGCUCUGAAAAAGAUGCAUGAGGAAGAACAUCAUCAGCAAAUGUCAAUUUUGCAACUGCAGUUAAUCCAAAUGAAUGAAGUUCAUGUGGCAAAAAUACAGCAAAUAGAAAGAGAGUGUGAGAUGGCCGAAGAGGAACACAGGAUAAAAAUGGAAGUGCUAAAUAAAAAGAAAAUGUAUUGGGAGAGAAAACUGCAGACCAUCACAAAAGAAUGGCCUGUAUCAUCCUUUAACAGACCCUUUCCUAAUUCACCGUAGAACAUACAGGGGCAGAGAAUCAGUCUGAUUGAGCACAUUUAUGAGUAACGCGCACUGGAAAGAGGGUUUUUUAAUGUGAAUGUACAGUGACAGGAUAGGUGCCCGGCUGAUAGUGAACACACUUUGACUCUUAAUGUUUAGGGAAACAGCAGUAGAGUCCACGAAGGGGAAAACUGUACUGUUCAUUUGUAGGUAGUUCUGAUUUGUUUUAACUUUCAGACAUGCACAGUGUUCUAAAAUGUGAACGUAUUUUCCCCUCUCAGAAUACCCUAACAUCCUCUUGAAAUUUAAGGUACUCCAGGUAUUCUUACAUUGGCUGUUCUUAAGAAAACUUAACAGCUUUAAACAUCAGGUCAUAGUGUUUAUUUUGAUUUCUAUCUCUUCCUAUCUACAAUUUCCUGAAUGAAGGCAAGGGUUGGAGUAGCUCUCUGCUAUUGAGACAAAAGGUGAUUGACAGGUAUUGUUUGGAUUGUCAUGCUGGGGCUUAGGAAAAAAAACUUGUCUGUGGUUAAUAUAGUUCAUAACUUAUUCUUCAUAGAAGAUGUGAAAAUGAAGGAAGUAGCAAAAGGACUGCUGUAGUAACUGAGCCCUUUGCUUGUGAAGAGCAGUAAUAUUUUCCAGCUGACUGGCUGAUUGAGAGAAUGGUUAUGGACUGGCCCUCCAGUUGUUUGAGCCUUGACCCUUAAGAAGUUGGAAAGAAGGUGUCUUCUUCCUCAAAAGCCAUUGUGCUUGUCCUCUCUUUUCCAGGCCCAUCUUGUAUUCAACUAGAAUACCAAAAUAGGAGUGUCGCGUGCUGCUGCCAGCAGCGUGCUGUUCAUCUGGAGUCAUUCUGAGGGGAAGAGCUUUUUAACAAUUCCUAAAGCUCUUAAAAUGUAGCGAGCCAGCCAGUCCAUUGGCAAAGUCUCCCUCUGUCUCCCCAUGCAAUACUUGAUGGUGUAGCUGGAGUAUUUCAGCGUCUCCCUCACUACAAGAAAAGACUGACUCGCCCUCUUUACCUUCACGUAGGGUGGGAAGCAGUUCAAGGGAAUCGUUCCUGUCCUGUAGCACUGUUCUGAUUUGUUCUGUCCUGUGAGUUACGGUGGUGUGUUUCUUGCCUUUGCUGUCAGUGAGGGGUGAUGGACAUGAUUUUUAAGAAAGUGUUCACGUGAAGGUCCCCAGAGAGUUUGGGGGCCUGGAAUAGUAGCUGGUAGGAAAGCACAAAUAAAAAUAAUCCUUCCCCAGGCAAUCAUUUAGUGUAGUGGGGCAAGGGUUAAGAAAAUGUGAAAUACGGAACUCUACAAAGAUUCAUAAGACCUUCUGAUGUUUGAAAAGCUCUUUUACAGGAAGGUAUACAACCAUCAUUUGAAGCAGUGAGAAAAAUGAACAAAACCAUAAAUUUUCAGUGUAUCCCAUUAUUCAAUAAAGUAUUUUCAGAUCAUGAUUUGUAAGGGCAAGUCCAUACAGUGAGCAACAUAUUCAAAUUAGGGUAUGUUACAAAACGUACAUUCCCAGUUACACUCCCAUCUCUUCCCUGGAUGUUCUUUCUGGUGGAGCGAGUUUCUUUUGGUUUUGUUUUGGUUUGGUUUGGUUUUUUUUUGGGGGGGGGGUUCUUUUUCUUGAACUGCUUUCUCAG